AUGCCUGGAGUGCCUUCAAAUAAGGCUUGCGAACGUUGUAAAAAGCGUCACAUUAAAUGCGAUGAGAUUCGUCCACAAUGCCAGCGAUGCAUCAAUGCAGGCGUAGAAUGUCCUGGAUAUUCACAAACUCGAAAGUUUAUUGACCAGGGGGCCACUGUGCGUCGUCGAUAUGCGCCUUAUCAGGAAAUUCAUGUGAAGACAAACGCAGAGCACAAGCAGGAGGUGGACCUAGUCUAUCUACAGGCGAAUCCUUUGGCUCAACCCACCCUGACGACUUCUGGACACUAUCCGCGAUCCCCUCAUGGUGCGAACCCACGCGACGCAUCAAGGAGCACACCAAGAAGCCCAGGAAUGCCUAGCAAUGGGGGAAAUGUGCUCGAGUUGACCCACGAAUUCAAUAAUAUUGCCCACGCUGCUGGGGCCAGUCAUCAUGAUCAAAGUCCGUCUACCGCGGAUAGCUCAAUGAAGCACACUGAUGAGCAUGAAGAUUUCCGCGACAUCUUUUCCGAGCUCAUGACCGGAACCGAACACGAGCUGGCAUUCUUGACGCGUCACUUUGCAGAGAACCUCGCUCCUUGGCUGGAUCUUUCGGAUGCGGCAAAGUUCUUCUCGGUACAUGUUCCCAUCAGAGCUCUCAACAAUGUAUCAAUGAGAUACGCCAUGGCUGCAUUCGCAGCCAAGCAGCUCGGUCGAGUCAAAGGGGUGAAGUGCCACACCGGCCGAGGAAUCUUGACGAGUCCAGCGGUGAGCGAGAUAUAUCCCAACUCUGGGGCGGUAGACUGGUUUCUCAAGGGAGUCAAUUACUACUACCUUGCGAUAUCCGAUCUCGCCGCGUCUGCAUCGGAUGGCUAUUCCAGCGUAUCGACUUCGGCAGUGCUAGAUUCGCCAAUCGACGUGCUCAAACGCUGGUUGCCGACUCAGCUGGGAUUGACAGCCGAGGGGAAAGGUUUCGCAGAUGGGACAUUCUUGCGAAAGGUUGAAGACAUCUUCGCAACUGUCGCGAUCUUGAUUUCGUAUAAGCUAUUGGACGCGAAAGGCGAAGAAUGGCAUAUGUAUCUUGCAAGCAUUCAAGAAGUGUUCGAAAUGUUGAAGAAGGCUAUGGGCACAAACAGCUCAACCUUCUCUCACGCCAUUCGAGCCAGCUUCUGGAAUUUUGCGCGUCUGGAUUACCUGGGGUCAUACUACAUACGCGCGCAGACCCAUCUCAACCCGUCCGAUACGUCGCUGUGGCGGGCAGCGGGAAUGUUCAUUGACGAAAACGAGAAGGCACAAAUCAUCGACACUGUCUGCCCCUACAUUGCAAAGGAAGAUCAGACUCUCAACAGUCUUAAUUGGCUAGCAAUCAAAGUGGUAAAUUUCCUGGCCCGGUCCAAAGAAGUGCAAGUCGCCCAGUGGACAGGAUCCCCAGUCACACGGACUCCUUCCUCCAUUUCCGAGGACUCUCAUGCGAUCUCAGCACAGUCACCUCAGUAUCCCGACACAAAUACAUGGCUAGGCCUAUGUUUCGAUUUGCAAACUUGGUUUGAGGGCGUUCCGGAAACGAUACGUCCCUGUGUUCGCAUUGAGCAUCCUCGGGAUCCGUCAAGUCCGGCAAACAGCCCGCCAGCACCCUUCCCAGAGGUGUUCCAUGCAUUGUCCACGUGUGCGGCUGCCAUGCAGCAUUAUAACUUCGUUCGAAUCGCGCUUUUGCUGAACCGUCCCCCGGACGAGAUCAGCGGGCCGAGCACGGCAUUUGACCGUCUGCAAGGAUACAGAGAAGUCACCAAGGAAGUUGAGCAUCGUUGUCGUGAGGUCUGCGGCAUAGCUUUUGGCCGACCACAUGCCGAGGUCCGAAUCAAUAUGAUUCCGCUAUUGUAUGCUAUGGGUCAAUGUCUGGAGAGCAGCACCGAACGGCAGAUCAUUGUCGAUCUUCUGCGAGGUAUUGAGGCCGAUCUUGGUCUGGCCACAGAUUACGCUGUUCAAAAGCUUCAAUCCUCUUGGAAUCGCGGAUAA